AUGCUCACGACCGUUGGGAAUCACCCGCACCGGCCCAGCUUCCUGCCUUGGGUCGUCAUCAUUCUGCUAUUGAGUACACGGUCUCGUGGGCUAGACAUAUCCUAUUGCUCGCCCCAGAAUAAUGCAGGCUCCUAUCCGGAAUAUUACAACCUGUACCAGUCCAAUGGAGCGUGCCAGGUCCACUGUCAGGGCUCCUACGCAUUUGCCAUUCUCCAGGGAUACGACUGCUGGUGUUCCAACUACGUGCCCACGGAGCAGGAAAGCACUUCCAACUGUGAUCAACAAUGUCCCGGUUACGGUAGCGAAUGGUGCGGUUCAACGGAAGCCGGUCUUUACGGGUACUACCUCUUGAGCGACGGAGUUCCCCUGGGUACGUCUGGUGGAUCGGCCAUCAGCACCGCAGUCAGCACCGCAACCGCGACCGCUUCCCCGUCGGUUAGUACCUCCCUGACCCAAUCUGAAUCCGGAUCACCUUCCCCUACUCCCGAUAUGCGGACAACCUCUCCCUCCUCUCCCUCUUCUACGGUGGACGAGGCUAGUUCGGGGACUGGUUACUCGGAUGACCCUUCUACGGCCUCUACGAGUCCCUCUACGCAUUCCGUCACCUCCUCUACCACCUCUACGUCUUCCGACUCAUCAACCACUCCUCCCAGCUCCAGCCCAACGCCGACGCCGACAGCAGUAUACACGAGCGUCACCACGAUCACCGGCGAAGUCCGCACCGUGGUCAUUACUCCUUCCCCUUCAGUCGAUGCCACUCUGGGACAGUCUGCCACCGGUGGUGGAGGCGGCGUUAGUACCGGCAAGGUGGUAGGGAUUGUUUUGGGUGUUGCUCUGGGUCUUGGUGCCCUGAUAGGAAUCGGAGCAUGGCUCUGGUUCCGAAGGCGACAUAGGAAACUGCAAAUGCAGGGAGGACCAGACACAACUUUCAUUCCUCGGACAGGAGUGAAUUCCUCCUCGAACAAUAUCCCAUCACGACAAGUCAGUCAGCUGUCAUCCUCCGGGCUCCUUGGAAACAAGACUCCUCGCCUCAACACGUCGGGGAUGUCUUUAGGGAAUGAUCCCCGAAGCGCAGAUACGGCAUCUACCGGCGUUGAUCGGCGAAGUCUGGCGACAGAUCAAAGAUUAAAUCCGUACGCGCUCUAUAUCCACGACGAGAGUCGCCUUAGCAAUGUGUCUCUUCAGGACAAUCAGGAUUACUCCAGGCAAUUACGGGUGAGUGGUGCUUCUUGUCUUGCCAGGUAA